AUGGGCGAAAAGGAUGCCUCCUUCUCCAAUGAAGAAAGUUUCAAAUUUUUUGGGCUUGGAGGGUGUAAUGAGGUGGGACGAUCGUGCCAUAUCAUUGAGUACAAAAACAAAGUUAUUAUGUUGGAUGCCGGGAUGCACCCAGCAUUGAGUGGACAUGCAUCAUUUCCGUACUUUGAUGAAUACGACUUGUCCAAAGUGGACAUUUUGUUGGUGAGUCAUUUCCAUGUGGACCAUUCAGCUUCAUUACCCUAUGUAAUGCAACAAUCAAAUUUCAGAGGCAAGGUUUUCAUGACACAUGCAACUAAAGCAAUAUAUCGCUGGUUAAUGCAAGACUUUGUGAGAGUGACAUCCAUUGGAAACUCAAGGACGGAAGGCGGUGGUAGUACUAGUAGUAAUGACGAAGGUGGGAAUAUAUACACAGAUGACGAUAUAUUUAAAUCCUUUGACAGAAUUGAGACUAUUGAUUUUCACUCGACAAUGGAAGUUGAUGGAAUCCGGUUCACAGCUUACUACGCCGGCCAUGUUCUUGGUGCUUGUAUGUAUUUGAUCGAAAUUGGCGGGUUGAAGAUACUUUUCACAGGUGAUUAUUCCAGAGAAGAAAAUCGUCAUUUACCUUCCGCCGAAGUCCCACCAGUCAAACCUGACGUUUUAAUUACUGAGUCAACAUUUGGAACUGGUACAUUAGAGCCCAGAGCUGAGUUGGAGACGAAACUUACGAACCACAUCCAUGCAACGCUAACAAAGGGAGGACGUGUUUUGUUGCCAGUAUUUGCCUUGGGUAACGCCCAAGAACUAUUGUUGAUUCUUGACGAAUAUUGGGAAAAAAACGAAGAUCUACAGAAUGUCAGUGUUUAUUACUGCUCUGAUCUAGCUAGAAAAUGUAUGGCCGUUUACGAAACAUACACUGGUAUCAUGAAUGAUAAAAUACGGCUCUCGUCUUCUUCUGAUGAUUCAAAGUCUAGCCCGUUUGAUUUUAAGUAUAUCAAGUCAAUCAGAAACCUUUCAAAAUUUUCAGAUUUGGGUCCAUCCGUAGUUGUAGCAACGCCGGGUAUGUUGCAAGCAGGAGUAUCCAGACAAUUGCUAGAAAAGUGGGCACCAGAACAGAAGAAUCUUGUGAUAUUGACAGGAUACUCCGUAGAAGGAACAAUGGCAAAGGAUUUGUUGAAGGAACCACAAGUAAUCCAAUCAUUAAAUAACCCAGAUUUGAGUAUCCCCAGAAGAAUUGGAAUUGAAGAGAUUUCAUUUGCUGCGCAUGUUGAUUUUCAGCAAAAUUCCGAAUUCAUUGACAAGGUAUCUCCUUCGAAAAUCAUUUUGGUACAUGGUGACUCAGUUCCUAUGGGUAGGUUGAAAUCGGCGUUGUUGAGUAAAUAUUCCUCACGAAAGGGUACCGACAAAGAGGUCAAGGUAUUCAACCCCAGGAAUUGUGAAGAGCUUACUAUUCCAUUCAAGGGAUUAAAGAUUGCUAAAGUGCUUGGUUCACUUGCAGAAGAGCAAUUGCAGACUUUGAAACAUGAGAUUGAGGAGAAAUUGACUGAAGUUGAUAAUGACGGAAAUGAUGUCAAAAUGGAGGAGGUGGACGACGAAGAUUCCGAGAAAAAAAGACAAGUCAAUGGAACACUAAGCACUUUCAAACCGGGUCAAGUUGUUUCCGGAGUACUCGUUGCAAAAGAUUUUGAAUUGGAUCUUGUUCAGUUGCAAGAUUUGAACGAGUUUACUCAGUUAUCCACAUCGAUAGUCAAGUCCAAAAUGAAUCUCAAAAUCAAUGCAAAUUUACCAUUGAUGAUUUGGCAUUUGGAGCAAAUGUUUGGUUACAUCAAUGUUAUCAAUGAUGAUGCACAGUCAUGGGAAUGUGUGGUUAUGGACGUUGUAGACAUUUUAAUAGAUAGAUCAAAAGGUCCCGGACUUUACAUCUCGGUGGAGUGGAUUAAUGACAAUUUAAUGGCCGAUUCAUUAGCAGAUAGUAUCAUUGCUAUACUAUAUUCGAUUGAUUCGUCUCCAGCAUCAGUGAAGAUGUCAUCGGCACAACAUUCUCAUAAUCAUCAACAUCCCCACAUCAAACAAGAAUUUGAGAAUGACACUUCGUUGACUUCCAAGUCAGAUAUUGCGAGUCGGAUAUCUCAACUUCAGCUUUUAUUGGAAGCUCAGUUUGGUGAAUCUUUGGAGAAUUUAGAAGAUGAGAAGGCUAGGAUAACAAUUGGAAAGAGUGUUGCUAAUAUAGAUUACAGGACUUUGAAGGUAGAGUGUGCCUCAAAGGUGUUGAAGGAUCGUAUAGAAACAACCAUCAGGAGAGGAACUGUACUAACAGCUCCAUUGGCUUUGCCACCUAAAUAG